GCUUGGCACUCCACUUAGGUUGGAAGCUAGAGCUAGCUCGAUCGAUGGCGAGGUGGAGCACCGUUACUGCCGCAAUGGCGUGCCGCUUCCUGGCAGUCGUCGUCCUCCUCCUUGCGGUGGCGCCGCUAGUCCCGGCUGACGCGAGAGACGUGCCUGCCACGGCCACCGCCACCGCCAAGACCACAAAGACAACUGCGACGACCACGAGUGCUAAGAACGUCGGCGUGGCUGCGGCCGCACCGGCCGGCCUCGGCGACCAGAAGACCUUCCUGGGCAGCGGCCUGGGCGGAGGCUACGGUGGCGGCGUCGGGGGCUUCGCUGGCGCCAGCGGGGUGGGAGGCCUGGGCGGAGCGGUGGGUGGCAUCGGCGGCGUGGGAGGGAUCGGGGGCAUUGGUGGCCUCACUGGCGUGGGAGGCGUCGGUGGGCUCGGCGGAGCCGGCGGUGGCGUUGGCGGCCUUGGCGGCGCGGGCGGGAUCGGUGGGCUCGGCGGUGGUGGUGCAGGUGGCCUCGGCGGUCUGGGCGGUGGCUCCGGUGGACUUGGUGGCCUUGGCGGUGGCUCGGGCGGACUUGGUGGACUUGGCGGUGGCUCCGGUGGACUUGGUGGCCUUGGCGGUGGCUCGGGCGGACUUGGUGGACUCGGCGGUGGAGGAGGUGGGAUUGGUGGCCUCGGCGGUGGAGGCGGCGGGCUCGGCGGUGGAGGACUCGGAGGUGGCGCCGGUGGACUCGGCGGUGGCAUCGGUCACGGCGGCGGCGGCUGCAUCCAUCCGUGACCGUGACAGACGAGUAGAUCGCCGUGCAUGCAGUACGUACGUUGCAUGCAUGCGUAGUGUCAACGGUCAAGGUCCAAAGAAGGGUCAACGCUGCAUGCAUGCCAGAUUGUCAGUAGGAAGUGUAUCCACGUGUUGAUGAUGCCAUGUUGAAAUAAGCAUGCAUGCAUGCAUGCAUGCUACUAGCUUAAUUACGUACGUGUACACGUACCCUAGCUAGCUAGCUCGUCCACAGCUCGAUCAUGUUGCUUUCAGUAGUAUCUCUCCCUCUUUGUUUAGGGCCCCGCACGUUACCCUUGUGUUGUGUGUGCUAGCUCCUCGGCGUCCCUGCAUGUGUAAUGAAAAAUAAUUCAGCCUUGUCAUUUUCAAAA